GAAACAAUAGUCUAAACCCACAGAGAAGAAGAGAAAACCUCGGCCGCCAACCAUAUCUUCCUUCGUCUUCCAUUUAAAUUCGAUUUUAGUAAAAUUAACAAACCCUACAAACCCUAAAAUGUCAUCGGAAGAACCGUCGCAGAAUCCCACCGCCGAAGAGAAUUCCGAGAAGAAAAUCUCCAAAAAGGAAGCCGCUAAGAUAGAGCGCCAGCGCAAACGCCAAGAGGCCGCCGCCUUAUCUGCCGCCGCCGCAGUGUCGGCCGUCGCCCUCGAUGGCGAGGACCCGCUGGCGGCGAAUUACGGCGAAAUCCCGCUGAACGAUCUGCAGUCGAAGGAAAUCUCCGGGAAGAAGUGGACGGAUGUGAAAGACUUGAACGAUGGGUUGAAGGACCAGGCCGUGCUGGUACGCGGCCGCGCGCAGGCGAUCCGUGCCGUGGGGAAGAAGAUGGCGUUCGUCGUUGUGAGGAAGCGAGGGUUUACCGUGCAGUGCGUAUUGACCGUGGCGCAGGAUGUGGUCAGCUCUCAGAUGGUGAAGUUCGCCACUAGUUUGAGCAGAGAGAGCAUCGUUGAUAUCGAAGGAAUUGUUUCUGUUCCGGCUCAACCCAUCACCGGCGCCAGUCAGCAGGUGGAGAUUCAAGUGAGGAAACUUUAUUGUGUGAACAUGGCUAUUCCCACACUGCCCAUUAACAUUGACGAUGCAGCUAGAAGUGAGAUCGAGAUAGAAAAGGCUUUGAAGGCAGGUGAGCAGCUUGUUCGAGUGAAUCAGGAUACUCGCUUGAACUACAGAGUUCUUGAUAUCCGCACCCCUGCUAAUCAAGGAAUUUUCCGCAUUCAGUGUCAAAUUGAGAAUAUCUUUAGGCAGUUUUUGCUGUCUGAAGGGUUUGUCGGGAUCCACACCCCAAAACUGAUAGCAGGUUCGAGUGAAGGUGGUUCAGCUGUUUUCAGAUUGGACUACAAAGGAACACCUGCAUGUCUUGCACAGUCACCUCAGCUUCACAAACAAAUGUCCAUUUGUGGUGAUUUUGGCCGCGUGUUUGAGAUUGGUCCAGUUUUCAGAGCAGAGGACUCUUUCACACAUAGACACUUGUGCGAAUUUACAGGUCUUGAUGUUGAAAUGGAGAUUAACGAGCAUUAUUCAGAGGUUAUGGACAUUGUUGACCGUUUAUUUGUCACGAUGUUUGACGGUUUGAAUGAGACAUGUUCCAAGGAGCUCGAAGCAAUCAACAAGCAGUACCCCUUUGAGCCGCUUAAGUACUUGCGCCAAACUUUGCGUCUUACAUUCGAAGAGGGCGUACAAAUGCUCAAGGAAUCUGGUGUUGACGUUGACCCACUCGGAGAUCUCAACACAGAAUCCGAGAGAAAGCUUGGGCAGCUCGUACUGGAAAAGUAUGGAACCGAAUUCUACAUCCUUCACCGCUACCCUCUCGGAGUUCGACCAUUCUAUACCAUGCCAUGUCAUGAUGACAUGAAGUAUAGCAACUCGUUUGAUGUUUUUAUACGAGGCGAGGAAAUCAUAUCAGGAGCUCAACGUGUGCAUGUGCCUGAGUUCUUGACAGAGCGUGCUCAAGCAUGCGGAAUUGAUGUUAACACAAUCUCGACAUAUAUCGAUUCUUUCAGGUACGGGGCACCGCCACAUGGCGGAUUUGGUGUGGGAUUGGAGCGAGUGGUGAUGCUAUUCUGUGCACUCAACAAUAUCCGCAAAACAUCGCUCUUCCCUCGCGACCCUCAGAGAAUAACUCCGUGAUUAUUUUUGUGCAGACUUUAAUAUUUUUUUAAUAUGAUGAGAAUAUCAAACUGCCAUUGUUUAUGCUACUGAAUUUACCUAGAAACGAGCACACUUUUAUGCUUUAUUACUUGGUUUUCUUGA